AUGCCCCCGCUUAAGGUGCUGAGGUUUGUUGUUCGUAAAGUGAAGUCGGUACUACUGCUCUCCACAACAGUCCUUCUACUGUUCUAUUACACUUUCCAAAACGAAAUCGAUAUACUCAAUUCGUACGCAGAGAACGAACUUCUCCCGACAAUUAGUACCGCACAACAACAUGCACAGGCUAGUACCGAUAUACAUGAUUUACUAAACGAUGAUAACGAGGCAGUAAGGGAUCUCCCCACGAAGAACAGGUACUUCCCGCUUUUAGUCCGAUCACCGGAAAGCGAUCCGACGCGAGAGGCCCCGAAUGCGGACCCGCGCCAGUUCAAAAGGAAGUACUCGGUCCAUUUGGAGGUUGCGCUUCCGAAUAGUGGGAGUACAGACUUGAUCGCAGGUGGAUUCCCAGCUAAUAUCACAGAGCGGGAUGGCCCCAUGCUUGAAAGGAUUAAAGAUGUUUUUGAUAGGUCAUGGAGCCAGAUCAGCUCGCAAUGGGCGGAUGACCCUUGGCCGCUCAAUUUGGUCGAUACACUCGAGACAUUAUACAUUUUCAACCGCACGGCGCAAUUCAACGACGCUGUGGAGACAAUCGCUAAAGUCGAUUGGCAAGUGCCAGCUACGAUUUCGACUUUGGUUAACAUCCCGGACUUGGCUUCACGCGCACUCGGUGGGCUGAUAUCAGCUUAUGAACUGUCAGGAGAGGAGAGGCUACUCGCGGCGGCUAAGAGAGUCGGGGAUUUUAUACUAAGGUCCUACGAUACACCAAACAGACUACCCGUGAUACAGUAUCCAUGGAAAACAUCCUUGAGCAAUAGGUUCCCCUAUCAGGAGUCGCAAGUCGGUUUGUUAAUACAGAUGUCUUUAGAGCUGACUAAACUGACUCAACUGACUUCCAAGAACGAAUACUUUGAUGCAGUUUCUCAUGCCUUGCAAGUCUUAUGGAGAUCUGCGAAAAGGGUCCCACUGGAUUGCCUUUUCCCAUCUGUCGUGGAUGCAUCACUAUGUAAAAUUAUCACAGAGGACCUCAUUGCCAAGGGAGAACACCACAGAGAAUCAAUGAAGAGCAUUGACGAGAAUUUGAAAUUUGUGUACUGCCAACAACUAGACCAUUUCAGCAAUUUCACAAAUACGAUAAUACCGAGUAAAGAUUACAUAUCCCUUUAUGAUACUCUAUCCAAAAUGGUUGCAUUGACGAACAUCGAUGUGUUUGCGACAUUCCAUGAAACACAGCACGACGAUACACUCAAAGACCUGCCGCUAAAUUCGACAUCAAUAUUUGAAAAGGCCAUGUAUCACAUUACCCAUUUGAUGGAAUUUUCUCCAUCGAGUCCUAUGGACCUCAAUGUCGUUCCUGGAAUCAUCUUCAAUCCAGUGUACCAACAAGCGACAAAUGAGUUGGAAGUACAACUAAGAAGAGACUUCAGGUAUUCACCAGAAUCCUGCCUCCUAGGUGCCACAAUGGCAUACGGGUCACACGUGUUCCACAAAGACUUGCUUGACACUGCGGAGCAUCUUACGGAAAGUUGCAUAAAGUUGACCAAACUGUUCGAAGGUGAGACGUCCUCUUUAUUGCUGGACGGCGUGGGACCGAACGAGGAAAAGUACGACCCGAAACGUAAAAUACACAAUGUAUUAACCGGGAAGUACACUGGGUUUAAUAAAGAGUUCUCGUCCACAAACAACCGGGUUGCAUUAAGACCAAACCAGGGCGCCAAUGUAGGACCCCAGAAACGGACGUUCAGUUACAUUAAGGACGAAAGGUUUACAAACAUGGUGCUAUCAGCAACUGACCUGAAUGCAAACGGCGAGAAGUGGUCAAACUCGGAGUUGCCAUUGUGGAUCAACGACAGAGAUUCUAGCCAUGCGAAAAUCUUGUCGUUCGAGAUAAUCGAGUCGAUCUUUUAUCUAUUUAGAACCACUGGUGACAACCGGUGGAGAGAGAGGGGUAGAGAACUGUUCCAGAUGACAAUCUCUCGUGUUGAAAAGGAGACAAAGGGUGCAAAAGGUACGUGGCACAUUACCGAGUUGGGCCGUAACACACUACCGAGUUACUGGUUUUCGCAAACUUUGAAAUAUUACUAUUUGCUUUUUGAAGAUUCCAGUGUGUACAGCUUCGAGGACUACGUGAUUAGUGGCGGGGGGCAUAUUUUUAAAAGACGGAAACCGGUUCAGAAGGAAAAGAAGGAUCCAACUGUCAAGAAUGUACCAAAGGAAAGUACUGUUGAUUAG